AAACGGAAAAAAGGAACACUGAAACAAAUUUUCUCUCUUUUUCUUCUCCGCCAUCUCCGAUCUGCGUCAGAGAGACGGGAGAAAUUCCUCCGUUUCUCUCAGGGUUUUGGAUUGCAGAGGAGGCGAUCUCAGGAGAGGAUUUUAAGGUUAGGUUACCUGAAAUUUUUUUAUCACGGAGAAGAAAGAAAUAAAUAGGAAGACGAUGAAGAACACUGAAAGAAUCGCGAAUUUAGCUUUAGCAGGGUUGACAUUGGCACCACUUGUUAUCAAGGUAGAUCCAAACUUAAAUGUUAUUUUGACGGCAUGCCUUACAGUUUAUGUGGGAUGCUACCGAUCUGUAAAGCCAACUCCACCAACCGAGACUAUGUCUAAUGAGCAUGCUAUGCGUUUUCCCUUUAUUGGGAGUGCAAUGCUGCUGUCACUUUUCUUGCUGUUCAAGUUCCUAUCGAAGGACUUGGUUAAUGCUGUAUUAACCUCCUAUUUCAUUGUGCUUGGGAUCAUUGCUCUUUCGGCAACCUUAUUACCUGCAAUAAAGCGUUACUUGCCAAAGCAUUGGAAUGAUGAUGUUAUUGUUUGGCGAUUCCCUUACAUUCGCUCUUGGGAGAUUGAGUUCACAAGGUCUCAGAUCGUCGCAGGAAUCCCGGGAACAUUUUUCUGUGUUUGGUAUGCUACAAAGAAGCACUGGCUGGCUAAUAAUAUUCUUGGCCUUGCUUUCUGCAUUCAGGGAAUUGAAAUGCUUUCUCUUGGCUCUUUUAAAACGGGUGCCAUUCUCUUGGCUGGGCUUUUUGUGUAUGAUAUUUUCUGGGUGUUUUUCACCCCCGUGAUGGUUAGUGUUGCUAAGUCUUUUGAUGCUCCUAUUAAGCUCUUGUUCCCAACUGCUGACUCUGCCCGGCCGUUUUCCAUGCUUGGACUUGGUGACAUUGUAAUUCCUGGUAUUUUUGUAGCAUUGGCAUUGCGAUUUGAUGUAUCUAGGGGAAAAAAAAGCCAUUACUUUAAGAGUGCAUUUUUGGGGUACACCGUUGGUUUGGUUCUUACAAUAAUUGUCAUGAACUGGUUUCAAGCUGCCCAGCCUGCACUGUUAUACAUUGUGCCAGCUGUUAUUGGAUUUUUGGCUGCCCACUGUAUAUGGAAUGGGGAAGUAAAACCAUUAUUGGAGUUUGAUGAGUCCAAGAGCGCUACAAAAUCUCAAGAAGAUAGUGAUGACAAACCUAGCACGAAGGUUGAAUGAGUUGAAAAAUGCCCAGACACCAAAACUAUUUAAUAUUGAGAAACACAUACUCUUUUCCAAGGAUGGUAAAACCCUCUUAAGCUUAUUUUCGGAUUACUUAUGCUGCUUCACACAAUUGUAACAGAUUUUGGAAUCAAGCGAAAAAAAUAAUAUUUAGCAUUUUUAACUUUGUUAGAUAAUU